GAGUUUUAUCGUUGUGGAACAUAUCCAGAGAAGGGCAAUGAAGCUGUGCAGGGUCUGGAGCACAAGUCUAAUGAGGAGUGGCUAAGGGAACAUGGAUUGUUCAGUCUGGAAAAGGCAGAUCACACAUGUUGUAACCACACUGAAAAUAUUUCCUGAAGAACAGCAGGAGAAGGAGUGGGAGAAAUGCAGGCAAGAACUUACAGUGGGGAAGGAAAGCCUUCAUCCCAAAGUGCAAAAGCUGUGUGCAGCUGAAGUUCAAAUGAUGCUGGGUGCACGGAACAGGUUACAUGAAAAGCAACUUGGCUACCAGAAAUAAUUCUAAAUGCUUCAGUGCUGAGGAUGUCUGCCACUGAGAGCAACAGCACCUGGACCUACACACUGGAGCUCAUAGCCUACAGUCCAUGCUACUGGCGACAGAGAGUCAAGGAGGGCAUUUGCCUGCCUGCAGAAUGAAAAUCUGCUCAGACCAGAAUUAGCUGAUGAGUGAAGAAAAACCACCUUGCAUAUUUCAGCUUGCGUUCCCAAACAGUGUGCUACUUGUUAUAUACCACUGCACUGACAAGUCAUUGUUAAAAUAAAACCAAAAACCAACAAGAUGCAUUCUUCUUGCAGCUGGACUGUGGGCGCUGUUAAGUCUUUCAUGCUUUCCACAUAUUUAAGUGCCGUGCUGAAAACUGUUCCAUUUGUUCCAAGACACAUGGAAUCAAACAAAAUGGUAAUAGAAGAAACGAACACUGCAAAUUUUGUCCUUGGCAUUUAAUCCUGUUCAUCUGAUACUAUGUUUUCAUCUCAGGAUAAUAUAAAUAUUUAAAGCCACAUGUAGUUCUGCUAAUAAAAAUCAGUUUGGUUAGAUUGGGAUUAGAGCAACUCAUAAAUAGGACUUCCUGCUGAAGUUUGGUUUAGUAUUUAUUCUAGAGCAAGAAACAGGGAUGAGAUGAUGUUCUUAGGUCCAAACUUUCACUUCAUUUUGCCAAUGGCCUAUGGAUUCAUCUCUAGCAUCUAAGCACGUGACAGAAACUAAUUUAUCACUGAGCAAGAAAGUCCUCAACAGGGCUAUUGGCAAUAAACAUUUGUUUCUCAGCACAAAACUUGUCUGAGCCCUGAUCUUGUCUUCACUGGACAUUCAAAGUUCCCAGUGACUUCAAUCUGGAAGUGUUGUAAGAGUGGGUUUGGAACCUUGGCAAAAUGCAGGAAGCCAUUAUUCAGUAGCUAAUUACCUAUUUCCUCUUUCAGAUGUUUAAUUUAUUUUUAAUGAAUGUGGGGAAGUCCUUGCAGAGACUACCCCCCCCCCAGCUCCUGAGACAAUGUCAAGCAAAUCCUUCCUACUCAGGUGGUGGUUUUCCAGCAGAACAAUCUCCAUUUGCAUGAUGUGUCUCAUUAACGGAGUUGUGUCCUGGGGACAGGACAGAUGCAUGGAUGAAAUGAUAUGAAUGAAAAGAAUGUGCGUAUUUGUAUGUAGAUUUUUGCAUAAUCAGAAACAGCGAGUAAAAAUAUCUUACAUUUAGUACUUCACGUGAGGUCUUUAGAAAUAAUUCUAUAAAGAACAAACUAAUUUAUCAUAGAAUCACAGAAUCAUUACUGUGUUAAAGCAGAAUGAAUUAUGUCCGCCUACCUUGUGUUCAUUUCCUGAAGACAUCCAAGUGCUAGUCUGCAUGAAGUUCCAGAGGGCAGCUCUUGCUUGCAUUAACCUGCUUUCUCAAGGACAUACCUUUGUGCUGAGCACGCCUCUAAGUCCAUUUUACAUUACCUGGCUGCAAUCCAGGGCUAUCGACUUCAGUGGUAAAUCACACUCUGACUUCACUGAUGCUGGGAUGAAUUCCAUAGGGGUGUUGUAAAUUCUUCUCUACGUCAUUGUACAUUGGUAUGUUCUGAUCAGAGGUGUUCAGAGUGUAAAAAGGCUGAGUGUUUUAUGUAACAGCGUAGUCUGUGAUUUCAGGCUCUUUGAAAGUGAGGAGAAAAUCAAGGCACUUUUAAAACUGUCUAGCUGGAAAGGAAUAUCCUUGCAGAAGGCACAAAAAUAAAAGGCGUGUUUUCUAAAUUUCUCUAAUCUUGCUUAUACCAAGAAUAAUCUGACUUCUUCCCCUUCCCUUGUUUUGAUCUGUCUGGUAGCAGAAAUGCAGAGUGCCAUUUUGGGAAUCAAGUGAGUAUCUCAGUGAGGAAUGGGAGUGGUGCCAUCACAUCAUGCUAUUUGCAUCUGAGCUGAAAGUUUCUAAAGAAAUAAUAACAAAUCUCAGCCUGUUGGUUGGCUAUUUGACAAGUACACAAAUCAGAAGGCCUGAGGUCAGGAGAUAAAUAAAAUAAAGGUUUGAGAGGUCAACACCCAAAAGUAUGAGAAUGGAAUUCCCGCACUUCAACCUGGAAAUAAGACUGAUGAGCUGCUGAAACUUCUGUGUGUCCAUUUUCUAUUUGAUAUAGCUGAUGGUUCCUUCUGACUUUGGAAAUUGGUGUCCACAGUUGGUCUGAUUGAAUGGUUUGCUCUAGCAUCAGACUGACACAUACAGCUCUUCAGGGGCUGUGAUUUGCUGUGGGGAGCUGAAGUUUAGCUCCUCCCUAUGUAUCUGGCCCACAAGGAAACAUCCAGAAACUUUUUACCAGCAGAAUUACAUUAUAAACAAGAGAAAGGAAAGCGGUAAGGCAGUAGGGGAGUUCCAGAGAGAUCCAAAGGGGAAGCUGUCGGCUCCCACAUCUGGUCUGCAGAUCAGUGGUGGUCUGGGAAGCACUUUCAGGUGGUCUCCAGAGCCGUUUCCGUCACAGUAGUAGUUCUCUAGCACUACCACUUCCCACUCAUUAUAACCCAGGCGCUGGAUCUCUUGGUAACACCCAUACUGAACAGAUGAGGAGACAGCUGGGGCCUCAGACAACCAGGCCAGAGAUCAGAUAGCAGGGUACAUCAGGACAGGUUUUUUAAUAGAAUGGACUUGUACUCUUCAAUGAAUCUGUGAGUCAGGAACUGCUCCACAUGAACAGGGAGGUAAGAACCUGCCCGUUAAGCUGGAAGAAUAACUUCCAUUGAACAUUUCUGUUUCGUAUUUUCACAGCUUUUACAACCGGUAUAAAAAUUUCACCCACUCGUAUACCAGUCGAAAUUACAAAGUGAUUAAAGAAGAAGUGCUCUUCAAGAAUAAACAUGGUUCAGAGAAUGUGGUGGUGUUAUUUUGGGUAAUAGAGUGAAGCCAACAAGUAGUAUGAGAUUGGUGGUGAACAGCUCCAUCCUGAGCCACAAGCAGGAUCACAAGAGCUCUGAUUAAGCACAAAAUACAAUGCUUUGAAGGAAAAAGAAAAGAAAAGAAAAGAAAAGAAAAGAAAAGAAAAGAAAAGAAAAGAAAAGAAAAGAAAAGAAAAGAAAAGAAAAGAAAAGAAAAGAAAAGAAAAGAAAAGAAAAGAAAAGAAAAGAAAAGAAAAGAAAAGAAAAGAAAGGAAAAGAAAAGAAAAGAAAGGAAAAGAAAAGAGUCAUUUUAAACUAUAUUCUGAAGUUCUUUGUUCUUUAACUAUCACAACUUUGACACAGUUAGAGGGUUUUUUUUGUUUGCUUUACAUGAAACAUUGUUGUAAAUGAAAGCCUUUGCAUUCCCAGACCAAAAGCAGUUUCAUGGAAGUCCAGCUGGACAAAGAACCCACGCAGUGGAGGGAACCGAGCCCCACGUUUGAAGUUUACAGCUCACAGUAAAGCGUCUGCUCAGAAAAUGCAGCAGCUCUGCCUGAGCUCUCCGAUUCAUGGUUCCAGCUGCAGCCGUGCCAACGCAGGUGUCUCUUCACAGCUGGAAGAAGGAAGCAGAGGGUGCAGUACCACCUCAAUAGCUGACCCCUAUCUCAUGUGAACAACAACAAGACCUCCAAGGAGCAUACCGCUUGGUCAUCAGAUAUUCUCUUUUUGGCCACAAGAGAAAGACAUUGUAGGGGAAAAUCCUCCAUUAACUCCAGCUCCCCAUGUACAGAAAAGAAAUCAGAUUAAAAAUGAAUAAAACCUUUGGGCUAUUCUCUGCAAGGCAGGCAGGGACAAGCAACGCAGGCCAAGCCACUGUUCCCGCUGCAAAGAAAAUAAAAACACAGGUGCUGAACAUACUGAAGCCAUGCAGAUUAGCCCUGUGUGCAGUAUGCGCUCUUUACAAGAAGAAAAAACAUCAUUCUUGCUAUUUGGCUAUUGUUCGCUGGAGGCAUGUUUUAUUUCAGCUCGGCUCCAAGCAGAGUUAUUACCGAUCCCACAGCAGAAGUUCUCUGUGAUGAGAGAAACAUGUGAUCUCCGGGCCCUAGAGAAGAAAUUAUGCUGGGAAGGCACCUCCAACGGGAGGGCUGCUGCUGGCCACCUGAGCAAACACCCCGCCUGGCGAGCACAGCGAAGCAGCAUGGAAGGAGUCUCUGUGGUUUCCUCUUCCGCGGGAUUUCCGAAUGCUUCAUGGAGAGAACAAAUCACUGCACAGUUCCCAGGGAGACCUGGAAGCCAGGAGCUGUAUGUUUUUAACUUGACUUCACUCACCAAGUCAGAAAAUAUCUUGUCAGCUUCGUUGCAUUAUUAUAUCGGUGAUCUGCUGGACGCUGACUGGAACUGUUCCCAGUCUGGAGGCUGUUCUCAUCGUGGGCACAGGAAACCUGAAAUUCAAAUACAUCUUUCGGUGUGGACCUUUCCAUCUGUUGGGAACCAGACCCGGGGUCUGGGCCACUUCCUAAUAAACAUCUCCAGCUCUUACAGCGAUGUCCUUUCCUGGCAGUGGAAAGAUAUCACUCAGGUCCUGCACAAAGCAAAACAGAGCAAUGAACUUCUGAUUGGUGUCAAAAUGGAUUCAACCAGCCGUCACCUGUGGAGGAGGGCACCAUUUCACUAUGAGCCCUACAUUCUGAUAUAUGCCAAUGACUCUGCCAUUUCAGAGCCAGAAAACGUUGUUUCCAGUUUGCAAGGGCACCACAAUCCUUUGGCAAGGGUCUUCCCUAGGCCAGAAAAUCACAUGAGGAGCAGCCUUGGAAAGCGGCGGCGAAAACGCUCCACCAACGUCCUGUUGCCGUUGCAGAACAACGAGCUUCCAGGAGCCGAGUACCAGUACAAUGAGGAUGAGAGGUGGGAAGACAGAAAACCGUACAAAACUUUCCAGCCUCGACUGGCCGACAGGGCAAAGAGUAAGAAAAAGCAGAGGAAGAACCACCACCAGAAGAGCCAGACUCUCCAAUUUGAUGAGCAGACCUUGAAGAAGGCGAGGAGGAAGCAGUGGAAUGAGCCACGGUAUUGUGCCCGACGCUAUCUCAAGGUGGAUUUUGCUGACAUUGGCUGGAGCGAGUGGAUUAUUUCCCCAAAAUCCUUUGAUGCCUAUUACUGCUCAGGGGAAUGUCAGUUCCCAAUUCCAAAGGCCUUGAAGCCAUCCAACCAUGCCACCAUCCAGAGCAUAGUGAGAGCUGUCGGCGUUGUCCCUGGAAUUCCUGAGCCGUGCUGCGUUCCUGACAAAAUGUCAUCUCUCAGCAUCUUAUUCUUCGAUGAAAAUAAGAAUGUGGUUCUCAAAGUGUACCCCAACAUGACAGUAGAGUCCUGCGCGUGCAGAUAACGUCUCAGAAGAGCCUUUAGAAGCACUAAGGUGAUCACUCGCCAUUCACUGGGGUUCUUUUCAUGAUUCCUACUUUUUGUUUGCACUGCCAAGGCAUUUCCUUCCAGGAGGGGAAAAAAAAAAAGUAAAUAAAUCCAAACAAAAAAAAAGAUGACAAUGGAGUGGAUUCUGAAUAGCAAUUCCAAGGGACUGGAACACCAACUUCAUUCAUCCUUAAAUUUGAUCGAGGCAUUAAGUCAUGGCAAAGGGGACUGACUGUUGCUGUUGAAACUGAGAUGAAAGAGAAAUUUACAGAAGACUUCGAAAUUUUUGGGUCUGUCAGAAGGACACACUGAUCUAUUUUUGUACAUGAUUUUGGAAACAGCAGUAGCUGUUAAUUUUUGCCUCCAUUCUUCUGGUGACUGAUGGGGGAGGGAGAUUAGAAGUCUACUUUUAUUCGUUUUAAACCUAAGCUUUCCAUCAUAGUUUACUGAGUAAUGCAGCAAGAAAAAGAAAACCUAAACAAGUCUGAUAUUCCAAGAGCCUUAGAUAACACAACUCAGAUAUCUAUUUCCUUGGUAUGAUAUGUCGCUGACUGCAUGCGUGCAUUCAUUUUCGAUAACAUAUUCUUCAUAACUCAGUUUACAAGAUGUCAGUGCCCUUGGCUGAAGAAGGCAAAACAUAUCACUGCUGCAUGGGAAAUUGUGGUAUCUCGGAAAGACUUCUCUUCCAUGCCACUGUAGAAACUUAGCAGGUGAAGGGUAUGAAAGUGUCACACUUGGUGACGUGUUCAUAACAGAUAUUCUAGAGCAUAUCUGCAAAUAAUCUAUGAGUAAGGUAUGGUAGUUAAUUCCUAACAUGAAAUUACUCGGUUCGUAACUCUUACCUGUAUACCUUAACGACAGUUAUUUUACCAGAAUUAGCUCUGGUUGGUGAGUUUUGAUGUUGUGUUAAUCAAAUAGCAGCUUUUCUUUUUCUCAUUGCUUCUGCUCUGGAAAUGUGUUGUACCUGUGCUGUCAAUUUAGGAUCAUAGAUUCUUAAAUUUAAGGUUUCUUACCAGCAAGUUUUGCACAGCAAAAAUACAAAACAUGCUUUCCAUGAGAAAAAUUAACGUGAGAAACUAAAAGCAGGGAAAGAAGGAUCCAACGAAUCAUAGGCAGCUCUGCAAAAAAGUUGGUUCUGUUUUUGAGUGGAUGUCGGAGGAACACUUCAAGCUUUAAGUUUCUAGCAGUUUCCUCCAUGCAAUGAAGCUUUUUAAAGCACUUCUGGCUGGCAAGAACCAUGUUUUAGUUCAUGCUAAGAGUAAACAUUUAUCCUUUGGGUAAACUGUCUACAAAACUGACUGUAGCGUGCUUAAAGGGAAAAUGUUCAUAAGGAAUGAAUUAAUUCCCCAUGAUCAGGUGAGUUCAGUUCUCUGCUUUGGAGUCAGUGGUGCUUCCAUGUUUUGAAGGUGAUCAGCUUUCCCACGUGAAUGCUUCCUUGCAGCUUCAUAGCUAUGUGAAGGUAAUUUAAACACUUGAUGAUUGAUUCUUGUGUUUGGUCACUGGUGCUAACGUGUUUACCAAUCUGAGUCAUGUGCAUGGUUGUGAGAGGUGUGGACGUGGAUCAUAUAACCCAGGAUCCUUUCAGCAAUCAUAUUUUACUGUGCAAAGUCUCAGUGGAAGCUGAUGGCAGUUUCACUUCAGAACAAAACAAAACAAGAGAGAAACAAAGAAAAAAGUAACAGCACAGAUUAAUCCCAGCUGCAAGUCAGGCUCGCAGCCCUUCCAUUGUCCUGCUUGAGGAGAAUAUCCCAAUAAUGCAGCCUGAAACCUUCUCAUUGUCCACAGUUAAGCAAGAGUAACCAGCACAGCUAUUAGAUCCAGUUGCUGUAUGUUAGGAAUCCAAGGCUUUAGCAGCAUCACCUGAAAAAGAGCAUAAAGAUGUUCUGCUUGGCUGUCACUGGGAUACACCCACUCUUUGUCAGUAAUUGUGGAAUGCAGAACAGGUGCAGCCUCCCAAGUAAAAUCUGAUCUGCCUCUUCCAGCUCUACACUGAGUGUUAACUCUGUGUGUGAGGCGUUUCAUGCACAGGACUUGUUUUUGCAUCUGUGUUUUUACACGCAGCUUUCUAAAUAAAGCCAUUUUUAGAAUCUGUAAGAUGUUAAUCACAUAAGCAAUGAUUUCUGUAUAUAACACUGUAUGAGUAGGGACUUCAAAAAAACAUCCAACCGAUGUUAUUAAUCACCAUUCUAGUCUUAAAUCAGCAUGAGGGGCUUUUGCCACGUAUUCUCUUUUUUGAAAUACUAUGAACUGAUGAAUGGCUCCGCUUCCCAUCUAAUUAUAUAGCAUCUAAUGCCUGUGCAUUAUUUUUAUGGCUUUACUUUUAUGCAGGGGCAGGGCACGUUUCGUGAGGUGCCACAUGCCCAUGGGGUCAUGAAUCACUCUGCUCUGGUGCAGGACUGGUCCAAAAGCUUUGGAUGUUCAUCUCCAAGGAGAUGCCUGGAUUUUUGCAAAAGUUUGGACUUUUUGUUGAGAGACCCAUGACCCAUUCCUCCUUGUAAAAACAGCCUUUGUAAAUGGUUUCUUUUUAAAAGUUAAUGUUUGUACAGACAGUGUCAAUUAGGGAAAAAUAGCAAAAAAAAAAAAAAAAAAAAGUUAUUUUGUAUAUGGAAAGAAACUUUUACAGAUACGUUUAAUUUAUUUUAUAUCUGUGGCCAUCUUGUCCUUUUCCAAUUUUCCUCUCAAUGCUCUCUAUAUAAUGCCAUUGUCACUGUCAUUGCAAAGAUGAUAAGCAAAGACCAUGGUCGAGUUCGCAAGGGCAGAUCACAGCAGCACUGUGAAAGACACGUUUCACUACUGAUGUAUAAGCUUGCCUAAUGUGUAUUUGUUUCCUUUCAGUAACAGGAAACUUUCACUAUGAACUCUGGAUAAAAUAUAAAAUAAAAUCACUUUUUACAUGAAAA